ACUCUGAUUUGGGGUUGAAUGAUCCAGAGGAGCUGCGAGGCGACACGGGGGUUUCACACGGAGCUGGUUUGGACGUCUUGGGAGCGCGGAGCUCAGGGUGUGCCUGCACGAGGCCACCAUGUGUCUAGGCCUUCCCUAACCCUGCUGCAGUGACACAGAGAUCCCCCUCAGUCCCCGGACACCUCAGCACUACACAUUUGGCUCUGUGACUCAUCCAGCCCCUCCCCUGCAGCUAUCAGCCACUGAUCAAUCCUAACCCAGCCUCUAAAUUCAAGCUUUCCUUUUCCAUACUCUUACUUCAAACUGGGAUUACCCAGUAAUCUGAUGCUGAAUCCUAUUACACCAGCUGAGUCAAUUUUGGACCUCUGAUGGCAACGUCAAAAGACACACAUAUUCAAAUGUGACAACAGGUUUCCUGACAUUCUUCAUUUUCCUUUCUUGGUUUUUGCUCUGUGGAUUGGAAGCCAAAGCCAUAGCUCAUCUGCCAUUUGGAAAAAGUCAUUGUUUUCAGGGGCCCUGUUUCCAAAAAGACUGAAAACUACAGCCGUUUUUUUUUUGCUCAGCUCAUCUACAGUAAACCUGAGCAGGGGCAGGAAAGAUUAUGGAAAGUUAAGGAAAAGACUGCUGUGCCCUCAGACUAAAAAAGUUGAGCCUGGUGCAUGUCUUUUUCUACCAUCAUUACCCGAUCUAAGCUGCCCAGUCCAGAGCAGUGUGUUUUCCAGAUGCUGCCAUGCCCAUCAUCAGCAAUGCCAACCAUGACUUCAGCAAUCUGUCCAUCAGUGAUGACAGCAGUAUUGACCGAAUCUUUACUGAGAUCCCGGAAACAGAGACCAUUAAGGGUGUGUACUACCAGAGGGCUCAGUUCAUCCACCGGCCAGAGGACCUGGUGUCCAUUGACCACGGCCUGCUAGCGGUAAUCAACGUUGGGGGAAACCGCUACACCUUCCCCUGGAGCACCUUAGAGCAAUUUCCCCUCACCCGACUUGGGCGACUAUGUGGCUGCCGGUCACCUGAGGACAUUGCCAGCGUCUGCGACGACUAUGAUGAAGCCCGCAAAGAGUUCUUCUUUGACCGCUCACCAUCCGCCUUCAGGGUCAUCCUCAACUUCCUGGCUGCAGGGAAACUGCGCCUGCUGCGGGAGAUGUGUGUCCUCUCCCUGCAUGAUGAGCUGACCUACUGGGGUGUAGAGAUGGCAUACAUGGAGCGCUGCUGUAAGAGGAAGAUGUACACACACCUCGAGGAGGUACAUGAGCAGGAGCGGCGCGAGGAGGAGCACAGGCAGAGGAAUGCCAUGCAACGGGUGACGGUGGAAGAGACAAAAUACCGAACAGUGAUGAACUGGCUUAGAGAUACGAUCGAGAAUCCGCAAUCAGGCUUACCGGGGAAGAUCUUCGCCUGCUUGUCCGUGAUCAUGGUUGCUGUGACUGUUGUCAGCCUGUGUAUCAGCACCAUGCCAGACCUCAGAGAGGAAGAGGACAGGGGUGAGUGUUCCUCCAAGUGCCACAACAUGUUCAUCAUUGAGACGGUGUGUGUAGCCUGGUUUUCCCUGGAGUUCGUUCUGCGGUUCAUUCAGGCCCGCAGUAAGCUGGACUUCCUCCGCGGGCCACUCAACAUCAUUGAUGCAAUGGCCAUCCUUCCCUACUAUGUCUCUCUGGUGGUGACAGAGGAGGACCCAUCUGUGGAGAAUGAGAGGCCAGGUGGAGGUAAGGGCUACUUGGACAAGCUGGGCCUGGUGUUAAGGAUCCUGCGGGCACUGAGGAUUUUGUACGUGAUGCGGCUGGCUCGCCAUUCUCUUGGUCUGCAGACACUGGGGCUGACGGUCAGACGCAGCACCCGAGAAUUUGGCCUCCUCCUGCUUUUCCUCUGCGUGGCCGUCACCCUCUUUUCCCCACUGGUCCACUUGGCUGAGAGCGAGCUCACGGGCACCCAUGACUUCAGCAGCAUACCCGCCUCCUACUGGUGGGCCAUUAUCUCCAUGACAACCGUGGGCUAUGGCGACAUGGUGCCGAGGUCCAUCCCAGGACAGGUAGUAGCACUGAGUAGCAUCCUCAGUGGGAUCCUCAUCAUGGCCUUCCCUGCUACCUCCAUCUUUCACAUGUUCUCCCGCUCCUACCAAGAGCUCAAGAUAGAGCAUGACCGAUUGUUCAAGGAAGAGUGUGCCGCUGCCGCAGCAGCUGCUGCCACCGGGGAGGUGCAGGAGGAGGGAGGUGAAGGAAGGGGGGAAGACUCAGCUCCACCUGCACUGGGAUUACGUAUAGAUGAGGACAGUGCGCACUCACUGGAGUCUUUGGCUCUGCUAGGGAAAAGUGGUGAAACUGCAGGAAAUAAUAACUGCAGCCUUCCAGCAAGCGCUUUCUGAACAGUACUCACAUUGACUCAAUCUAAAAGAUAUAAGUCCCUCAAUCUUAGUUGUACAAAUAAUAAAAGUACUGCUAAUGACUAGUGCUCCUAAUGCCUCACUUCCCACAUGGUUGUGGGGGCACCUGUGUUGCACUAGAUAAAAAGGGAUUAAGCAAGCAGCAUUUGUUUUGGCCUUUGGUCUGAUGAUAAGAGUACAAGUGUACACAGAAAGCACAGAAACUGAAUGACUUCAAACCCUUUAAAUCGGAUGGCCCAGUAUGUCUGACCAGAAAGCCUCUGCAGCAAUAUUAGUAACUGGCUGCUUCCAUAAACAUGCAAUAUUCAAUCCAAAGUUGCUUUUCCUUCCACUGUGAAAAUACUUAUAAGUCCAACUGCAACCUUUAGUUUUAUUCUUAUUACUUUUUCAUAUGUUGCUCCCAGUAUGAUCUCAAACUGUCUCAUACUAUAUAAUCUACUUUUCUGCCAUGAAUUCAAAGAAGUGCUCCUCUCUUAGUUUAUUUCUGAGAAGCUUGAAGCCAUGUUCUGAGAAAACAUAUAAAUCUAAAAACAAACUGAUAGUUUUGGCUCAUAUACAAUGUAUAUCUCUCUCGCGUGUAUGUUUGUGUGCUUGAACUCAUUAAGGUGAGGGUUUCUCCAAUGUCUACUAUGAACUCAAGAUUAACUGUGUGAUAUUGCAGAAGUUAUGAUCCAUAUUGUUUUUUUAAUGAGCUGAUGAAGCAAUGAAAGUAGGAAGAGAAAAAAGUGUUUGAGGGUGUGUGUGUGAGAG